CUUUGAGCCCUCACCGAGGCCCCAACACGAACAUACCACGAAUUCCGUUCUUGUAGAUCACAGCGUGUGACAAACUGCAGCGAUGCAGCCCUCCCAAGGCUACGAUGACGAGGAGCUCUCCAUCUCGCUCGCUCCUUCGAACAACCGCCGUACACAGAACAAGCCGCCUGAUGCCAGCUCCGGACGCUCUAACCGGCCGCGGGAGGAGGUUCGACGCCCUACUGUCCCUGCACGCAAAGCUGAGCAGCGCAUAGGUGCAUAUGAUAUCAAGGGGACGCUGGGCGAGGGCUCGUUCGGCAAGGUCAAGCUUGCCGUGCACCGUGUUACUCAGCAGCAGGUGGCGCUUAAGAUCAUUGCCAGGAAGAAACUAAUUAGUCGCGAUAUGGCGGGGCGAGUGGAACGCGAGAUUGAGUAUCUACAGCUGCUGAGGCACCCCCACAUCAUCAAACUGUAUACCGUCAUCAAGACACAAACCGAGAUUAUCAUGGUCCUCGAGUUCGCCGGCGGCGAACUAUUCAAUUACAUUGUUCAACAUGGAAAGAUGACGGAGACCAAGGCCAGGCGUUUCUUCCAGCAGAUUAUCUGCGCCGUCGAAUAUUGCCACAGACACAAGAUUGUCCAUCGGGACCUCAAGCCCGAGAACUUGCUGCUGGACAACGAUCUCAAUGUCAAGAUUGCAGAUUUCGGUCUCAGCAACAUCAUGACGGAUGGUAAUUUCUUGAAAACUAGCUGUGGAAGUCCUAACUACGCAGCCCCAGAAGUAAUUAACGGCAAGCUCUAUGCUGGACCUGAAGUGGAUGUGUGGAGUUGUGGUGUUAUUCUUUAUGUUCUCCUUGUUGGACGAUUGCCUUUUGACGAUGAUAACAUUCCUGCUUUAUUCGCAAAAAUUGCGAAGGGUCACUAUGUUGUCCCAAAUUAUAUGACCCCAGGCGCAGCCUCACUCAUCAAAAAGAUGCUGGCAGUGAAUCCAGUACACCGAGUGACAAUCGAUGAGAUCCGCCAAGACCCCUGGUUCUUGUUAGACCUGCCAGCAUACCUGAUGCCUCCAGUAGAGGAAUUCAUGGAUACUGGCGUGGAUUCCGGGAAGGCCAUAAACCCUCAGGGUAUCGCCCCAGGAGCUAGCCGCGCUGUGCAAGAGAAACUCCACGACGCGGUGACAGAGAAACUCGGAAAGAAGAUGGGUUACGGAAAGCAGGAUGUUCAGGAGGCACUUGAAGCUGAUGAACCGUCGGCGAUCAAGGAUGCGUAUUUGAUUGUGCGAGAAAACACAAUUGCACAAGCAAAUCCAAAUAUAAACGCCCUCCUAGGCUCCUCUCCACCGGCAUGGGAUGAACCUCUAUCUUCAUUGCGUGACAAGUCCAUUGCGACUGUGUCGCAGAACGCUGUUGGCUCGGGAGACGCGGAUGAGAUGUCCCUGCGUGCAAGCCUGGGUGGCCUCACAAUCCAGCCCUCAGCCGAGCAGGCAUCUUCGAGGUCUGGCUCCAUAAAUACGGUUUUGAGUGGCGAUAGACCUGUUAGGCCUUUCAUUAGCAAGAUCGGAAUCCUGCCAAGUAGCUUGCCAGCAUACCAUCGUGCGUAUAUGGAGGCACGUAAGACCGGUAAGGAUGUACCUUCGUCAUCGCCAAUGGUGGAUGUCGACCACGUCGAGACAAAUCGCGCCAAAUCGAGUGAAGAGCAGGCCGAGACAGCUAGACGCCUCAACCCGCAUUCUCGUAAUCAGCUGAAGCUAGACGAAGGAAACAACAAGCCUGCUGCAAUGACCCCAGUUCCUCAGAAGAAAUCCAAGCCGACAAAGUGGCAAUUCGGUAUUAGAUCUCGUAACCAGCCCCUGGAGGCCAUUGGCUGUAUUUACAGGGCGCUGAAGAAGCUUGGUGCAGAAUGGGUCGUAGAUGAGAAUUAUCGCCAAGUUGCCCAGAAGAAGAAUGACAACGAGAGACAACGAAAACGCAGCUUCGGCUCCAACGAUAGCGACUCUGAUGAUGGCGGCUCUCUACACCGCUUCAAUUCCCAAGACAACCUGGCGAAGGACUUCCCUUACCCGCCAGGCGCACAGUACAAACUCCCCGCGGAUCCAUGGGUGCUUCGAGUCCGCUGGCGCAAAGGAGGCAUGUAUGCUCCCGGCACAGUCCCGCCUGGGUCGACUCAUUCCUCCCAAAUUGAUCUACGCCGCCAGUCUCUCGCAUCUAUGAGUAGUGUUUCGGGCUCAGGACCGUUGAACGAUCCGGAGGAAGGUGUUAUCAUGCACCUCGAUAUCCAACUGUACGAGAUGGAGCAAGGUGUCUAUCUGGUUGAUUUCAAGUGUGCUGGUUAUGAGACCGCGGCGGGGGUUAUGCUCGAGGAGAAGGACGUCACGUCGCCGUUUCCGUUCCUAGACCUAUCGUCUACGCUGAUUAUUGCUCUUGCAGAGGCGGAUUAAGGACCUGGCGUCUACACUAAUCAUUACUCUUGCGAAGGCGUAUUGAAAGGGUGCAUGCAUAUGUAUGGUACAGGAGCUGGGUUUGGCGUUCGGCGAUGGUGCGGUUCUAUGGUGGCGAAUAUGCGUGAUUAUCAUGGUUGGCGUCGGAUUGCAGGUUACAAUACCCUGGCGAUCGUAGAAGACGAUCACCACAUUCAACUAUUGUUUGAUUGCUUUAUGAUUGCAUGAUUACCUAUAGUCAAAACUAAAGAUUUGAUUUAUUAUGAAUACAUGAGUAGUGUACAAGGG